AUGAGCGACUUCAAUGCGCUGUAUAAUCAACUGAUAGUACUGGACAAUGGAUCGGGGAUCAUAAAAGCUGGGUUUAGUGGUGAAGAAAAACCUCAAUGCAUAGAAUACUCUUUAGUUGGAACUCCAAAAUACAGCAAAGUGAUGGCCGGCGGGCUAUCUAAAGACUCGCAAUUGAUCGGAAACGCUGCACAACGAGAAAGAGGGCUGCUAAAACUGCGAUACCCCAUGGAGCACGGAAUUGUCCAAGAUUGGGAUAGCCUUGAAGAUUUAUGGACACACGUACUACAAGAUACUUUGAAGCUGAAAAGUACAAAAGAUCACCCAAUUCUAGUUACUGAGGCUCCUCUGAACCCGAUGAGAAACCGUGAAAAAAUGUGUGAGCUUUUGUUCGAUUUAUUCAACAUGCCAGCUGUGUACGUGUCGAUACAAGCAGUUCUGGCACUUUAUGCAGGAGGAAGAACUACAGGAUGUGUUUUGGAUUGUGGAGAUGGAGUCUGUCACAGUGUUCCAGUCUACGAUGGUUUUACUUUGCCGUCUGCGGUAAGAAGAGUAGACGUAGCGGGACGUGACAUCACAGAAUUCUUACAACUGCUGCUGCGAAAGUCAACAGGCGUUUCGCUCUUCUCCAGUUCAGAAAGAGAAAUCGUGCGCAUGGUAAAGGAAAAAGCCUGCUAUGUGGCAUCCGAUGUAGCGAAGGAGGAAAGAAGAUACGAGGGAGUCGAUGGAUUACAAGCGUAUACCAAGUUCAAACUACCGGACGGGAAGAUUCUUUCCAUGGGAGCUGAGAAAUUCAGAGCUCCCGAAAUAUUGUUCCAACCACAACUGAUAGGUUCAGAAGGUGACGGUGUUGCAGAGAUGUGCAACCAGAGUAUUUUAAAAGUAGAUUUGGAUCUGCGAUCUUCGCUAUACUCGAAUGUGGUGCUAAGCGGAGGUUCGACUCUGUUUCCCGGUUUUGGAGACCGACUACUCAAUGAACUGCGCGUCAAGUGCGGUUCUAGCAAUAAGAUCAAGAUUUUUGCUCCCCCAGAAAGGAAGUAUAGCACCUGGAUUGGUGGAUCUAUUCUUGCUGGUCUGUCGACCUUCGAAAAGAUCUGGAUCACAAAAGCAGAAUGGCAAGAAAACCCGCAAUGUGUGCAUACGCGAUUCAUGUAA